ACUUUCGCUGUCAAUUCAUUCUGUGCCGUGUCACAAGCGCCCCAUCAGCGCAAACAAAGCCUGCAGGCAUCCUUCACUCAGACCCAGUCAGCACAAGCCCAGCAGAUUGGGAUUGGUUACAGCAAUGAUGAACAUCUUCCGCAUUCUGGGCGACUUGUCGCAUCUGUUCUCCAUCCUUAUCCUGCUGCACAAGAUGAAGACAUCCAGCAGCGCAUCAGGCAUCUCGUUCAAGUCGCAAUUCCUCUAUCUCAUCGUAUACGUUACUCGAUACAUCGACCUUCUUUGGACAGACCCCUUCAAGAGCCUGUGGAACACUACUUUCAAGCUCGUCUUCAUUGGAACCUCUUCAUACAUAAUCUAUUUGAUGCUCAACGACUACAAGCCUACCCACGACCCCAAUCUCGACACAUUCAGAGUUCAGUACCUGGUCGCAGGAAGUGCUGUUCUGGGAAUUCUAUUCCCUUACAAGUAUAUCCCUUCCGAGAUGCUCUGGGCCUUCUCCAUCUGGUUGGAAGCUGUCGCCAUCCUUCCCCAGCUGUUCAUGCUACAAAGAACCGGCGAGGCAGAGACCAUCACCACACACUACCUCUUCGCCCUGGGUGCAUACCGAGCCCUGUAUAUCCCCAACUGGAUCUACCGUUGGUUCACCGAGGGUUGGUUCGAGCCCAUUUCGGUCAUCGCAGGUCUUGUUCAGACUGUCCUGUACUCCGAUUUCUUCUACAUCUAUUACACCAAGGUUUUCCAAGGCAAGAAGUUCAACUUGCCUGUGUAGACGAUCAACAAUACGCAUUCUCGGUCGGAGUUGAAUUUACGACUUUCUUGUUUUCGAUAACCAAAUGCAUGGGCAGGCGCUUGGUGAUGAGCAGAUACCCUUCUCAAGACAUCUUCAUAGCCAUGAAUAGAUCAGAAUCCAUUUCAAAAGUUUCAACCAGGGGUAGGUCGUCAAUCUGCUCAGUCUCGUCGUUCGAGGCCAAGCCGGAUUUCACGGGAGAAUAUACCGCGCAGCUGGCAUUCACAGCACGUACGGCCACAGUCAGCUGA